UUGAACUGUGAACAACGCAAUACAACCAGGACUAAAGCAAAAGUGGUGCGAACUAACGAAAACAUUGCAGAAUAUCCUCUAAAACCGUUGAAGUAUUCGGUCUUAAUUAAUAUUCAGUGUAAAGAGCAACAGUUUGCUGUUGACGCUUGUGUUGCUUAAAUAGCCACCACAAACAACGGUCACCAACCUACGCAAGCACACACAUAAACACAGUCACACAGGCAUUCAUAUCAGUGCUUGCAAGAUGUCCACCCACCAGCAUAUCAUCCAACGCACCCUGUAUACUCCGACAUUAUUGCUCGCCACUUCAGCCGCUUUUUUAGCGCUCAUCGCUUACGCUGACGCAAAAUCGACGGGCAUAGUUUUGGCACAACAACAACAGCAACCAAACACACUACUCACCGACAUUGACAAUGACGAUAUGCGAGACAAUGAUUUGGGCGAUGCCGCGAACUAUGACAAACGCAUGGAACGUUACGCUUUCGGCUUGGGACGUCGCGCCUACACAUACACCAAUGGCGGCAACGGGAUGAAACGCCUACCGGUCUACAAUUUCGGUCUGGGCAAACGCGCCAGACCCUACUCGUUUGGCUUGGGCAAGCGUGGUGAAUAUGAUGAAGAUCAGUACAUCGAUGACUUGUUGAAUGGCAACGCUAACGAAAUGGCAUUUUUUGACGAGAAACGCAACCGACCCUACAGCUUUGGUUUGGGCAAACGCUCUCUGCAAGAGCCACCACCACACCGAUACGGUUUCGGACUGGGACGCCGUUAAAUGCCGUACGCAUACGCAAGCACCUCCAAAACAAAAACAACAGCUAUCAUGAAAAAACACUAACACAAACAUAUGUACAUGCGGGCAUCAUUUGACUUUUGGUGGCGAUCCACGAAGAAAAAAAUUGCGAAAAGUCAACUGAAAACAAAAUAUACACAUAUACAUUUAUAUUACUAUUAGUAUUUACUACUAGUCAGCAAUGAACGAUUGGCUGAUUUGAAAGCCAGAUUGGUUGGGUGCAGGGCAAAGUUUCCAUGCCGUCUGGUUUUCAAAUGUGCCGCUUUGUUGCAAUGAUCAAACUGUUUUCAUUUGUGUUAUUACUAAAUGUUAGCAAAACACUAAGCUGAAUCUUAAGUUGGGGAGCAUACACACAUACACACACACAAACAAACUAAAAUGUCAAAUAAUCAAAAUCUAUUGCCAAUUACAUUCAAUUACGUGUGAAUAUAUAUAUAAUUUUAGAAGCAUUUUCCCUUGCAUGUGUACUGAAAUCAUAUUUUACAACAACAUACAUACAUAUACUAAUACUUAUAUACUAACAUACCUGUAUGUAUGUAAUAUUUGUCAAUAAUAUAGUAAUGUGUGUACAGUAAUGGCAAAUGUAGUAUAUAAUGAAUGUAAUAGUGGACACUGAAUUGUUGUUGCUGCAGAUAUAUGAACUUAACGUUAGCUUAUACUUAUGUAUGUAUUUAACAGUUAUAUAUAACUAUAUAAAUAUAACAAAACGGAGUCAAAGCAAGGCAAUUGAAUACUUAAUGAAGGCAAAACAUAAUAUUAAAAAUAAAAUAAAAUAAAAAWACAAAGCAAGCAUUAAAGCAUAGUAAGCAAAUAUUUUAAAAUAUAAUAUCUGUAUAAAAAUCUGUAUGUAUGUAUAUGUAGAGAGAGGUAACCUGAUCUGUAGAAAUGAGUAACAAAAAUACAAAAGUGCUAAUCAGAGUUAAAAAUAUUAAACAAAUAUUAUAUAAACGAA